UAUACUCGUCUGCCUGGCCAUCUAUACGGAGCGGAGCCUGCGCCGCAUUGGCAAUUUGUUUCUGGCCUCAUUAGCGAUUGCGGAUCUGUUUGUGGCCUCUUUGGUGAUGACAUUCGCGGGCGUCAACGAUUUGCUUGGCUAUUGGAUCUUUGGUGCAGAGUUUUGUGAUACUUGGGUGGCCUUUGAUGUCAUGUGCUCGACGGCAUCUAUUUUGAAUCUGUGCGCCAUAUCCAUGGACCGUUACAUACACAUCAAGGACCCGCUCAGAUACGGACGAUGGGUGACACGCCGGGUGGCUGUUAUUACCAUUGCAGCUAUUUGGCUGCUGGCAGCGUUCGUCUCGUUUGUGCCCAUCUCGCUGGGGAUCCAUCGACCCGACCAGCCGCUGAUUUUCGAGGAUAAUGGCAAGAAGUACCCCACAUGCGCACUGGAUCUGACGCCCACGUAUGCUGUCGUCUCCAGCUGUAUCAGUUUCUACUUUCCCUGCGUGGUCAUGAUUGGCAUCUACUGUCGGCUUUACUGCUAUGCCCAGAAACAUGUCAAGUCUAUUAAGGCGGUAACACGACCCGGCGAGGUGGCCGAAAAGCAACGGUACAAGAGCAUACGUCGACCCAAGAAUCAGCCAAAGAAGUUCAAGGUGCGCAACUUGCAUCACAGCUCGCCAUAUCACGUAUCCGAUCACAAGGCAGCGGUCACAGUGGGCGUCAUAAUGGGCGUGUUUCUCAUAUGUUGGGUGCCGUUCUUCUGUGUGAACAUUACGGCUGCCUUUUGCAAGACGUGCAUCGGCGGCCAGACAUUCAAGAUACUUACCUGGUUGGGCUACUCGAACUCCGCUUUCAAUCCGAUCAUAUACUCAAUUUUCAACAAGGAAUUCCGGGAUGCGUUCAAGCGCAUACUGACAAUGCGCAAUCCGUGGUGCUGCGCCCAGGACGUGGGCAAUAUACAUCCACGCAAUAGCGAUCGCUUCAUCACGGACUAUGCCGCCAAGAAUGUGGUGGUCAUGAACUCGGGCCGCUCCAGCGCCGAGCUGGAGCAGGUCUCUGCAAUUUGACCAAAAAGCUGCUGCAAUGCAACCAGUUGGCUCCUGUGCAGCUGCUGCUGCACCGACAGUGGCCUCAAUGUGGAUGAUGAUGAUGAUGGCGCAUUGACCAACCGAUACGUUCCAUGAGAUUCGGUCGCGGCGGCCACAACAACCAUCGUGGAGACCGUGGAGGCCGCACAAAUGGAAACGGAGCUGGUCUAAAAUUGGCCACAAAUUGGGUUCCUACACGCAUCAAUAAAUGCGUAGCAAUCCCAGCCCAAAAGCACGAUUAACUAAUCCCAAUGCAAGUGAAAAACCUGUAAGUAUUAUCAGCGCAUCCUAGAAUCCUAAGCAAUCUACUAACCGUUAUUUCUAAGAGUGUUUAUACUUAACCGUAGCCAUAAGUUAUAUCUUCAUAAUUGUAUGAAACUACUUACUAACUAACAACCGAGUCGUGAUUAGGUCUAAGAUCCCCACACCAAAGAGCUUCUAAAUAGUUGAACUGUUAAGUUUUUGUUACGAUUUAGCCAUGCUAUGGCAGCUAUCACUAAAUGUUAUCAACACAAUUUGAAUGUGGCCAACGCUCGAAAGGAUUAAGUGUUCCUUUGGCCCCUUGACAAGGUACAGCAGCUAAGUCAAAUAAUGGCACACGUCAAAUAUAUAUUUCGAAAAACGGACAAUACACACUCACACUCAUACACACACAUGGUUUGACAUAGUUCGAUUCACAAGUGGCAACAAAACGUAGCAUACAACUCGGCGCUCACUGGCAAGGGCCAUAUACGGGUGGCAAACAAAGCUUUAGAUUUGAAUUAUUGAUGGGAAUUUAUGUGCCAUUGAGCAGCGUCGAACAUUAGAUGUGGCACAAAACUGCCAACUGCAGUCAUAAAUCAGUCAAAAAAUUAUAACGAUUUACGAGCAUUAUAAGUAAAAUGUUUAAAUCCCCGCAAUAUA